UCUUAUUAUUAGACGCAGCCGAGCUCGUAGGUAGUCGCAAUGGUAUAGAAAGUACCAGCAGCCGCCUUACAUCACGAACUCUUGGUUUCCGCGAAUGGUAGUCCCAGUCGCGCUCCAAACAUCUUUAACCUCGCGUUAUUUUCAUAAAGCGUCCGCAUUUCGUCGUCGUCGCGCAUUUUAUUACUGAAAGUAGACUGUGGUGGAGUGCUGGUGCGGCCCUUAACCUAAUAAUUGGCUAUUAGGUCAGGAGGACCUAAAUUUAGACACACAUCCGUUGUAACAGUACUUGAAAUUCGGUCAGUUUCUUUUGUGGGACAAUGAACAAGGACGCCGCCCCCCCGCCGUACAGUCCGCCCCCGUCCGCGCCCCCCAGCUACGCACAGGCGGUCGGGGGUGUGCCCCCGACCAGCCCCUAUAUACCGCACCACAACUUCAUGAAAGGCCCUCCAAUCCUCACAACCGUAGUCCCUGUAGGACCCGAGCCCACACACAUGAUUUGUCCACAUUGUCACGCAGAAAUAGACACCACGACGUACACCAGACCUGGGAAUAUCGCCUACAUUGCCGCCACUUUGAUAUGUCUCAUGGGAUGUGCCUUCGGUUGCUGUUUGAUCCCUUGCUGCAUCGACAACUGCAUGGACGUCCACCACACCUGCCCCAACUGCAAAGCAUAUCUUGGAAAAUACCGACGAUAAAUCGCAUUCACCACAUUUCGUCUCUUGUCUAUUCGUACUAAUACCAUAUGCCAUUAAUACUCAUUUAAAUCGUGCAUUUUUAUAAUUAUACUUAUUUAUUGUAAUUUCUCUCUUGCGGUGGCACCACUUCAGGUAUUAUCAGGAUAAAAGCAUGUCAGGCCAGGUAAUUAAUGGGAUUUUAUCAACAACAUUCCUAAAUUUUAUUUUAAACCGUGCUACUUUGCUACUGGUUAGGUUGUGCGCUGCGCUAUAGUAUUUUAUUGUAACAUUGAUUGUCAGGAAGUUAUGGUUUUCAGUGUAAAUGAGCUACAUGUAGGUUGUAAUCUCUAAAUAUUGUACAUUUUAUAAAUAUACAAAUAUAUGAAUAUAGA